AGCAACACCGAGGCGGGAAGACGGAGGAUCUAACAAAGUCACCUCACCAUUACUGCGCCAACACUUUGGACGACGACUCGAGUCGGUAGCUCGCCUCAAACACACGGCAACAACACGCUCGUUUUAGGUUUUGGCGAUUCGCAGGGAACGCACCACACCACCACGGCACAACCAAUACCACCACCACCACAACGUCACACCCCGCGCCGCCCCGUCCAACCUCAACAGAAGCACAAGCUGUCUGUACCUGUCACAGCGAUUUUGCAUUCAAAAGUCGUGGUUGCGCCCCGCGUUUUGAACUCGGGAGCCAAGGAACUGCAUCAAGCAACACCGGAAUGAUGGCAGACAGCUACAUUCCCAACGACAAUGGCCUGGGAGAGAUGCCCACCUCCCAGGUCCAUCCGAACGAAGCCCUUCAAGCAUGGGAUACCCCAAAUAUUGUCACGAGUCCAUGGACACAACCCGGCAUGAGCGUUCCCAUGCCCGUGGUAACAGAAGGAGUUCCCUUCAACGCCUGGGAAAACCAGCAGACACCAACAGGUACCCCGCGAUGGGGCGGCCAUGAUCCAAAUGCCUCCAUGUUCGCCGCCGACUGGAGUGUUGCUUCAGUGACGCCUUCUCACGAACAAUAUCCCCAUGGUGGCGACUAUUUUGGCGCAGCAGCAAUGACACACUCCAUGUCGCCCGAGGAUUCCAUGUCCUACCCAAAUGUUUCGGCGGGUUGGGAGACGGGUAGCCAGCCGGCGCUUUCUCCAUAUACCGAAUUUCCCGACUUUGCGACCUUAAGGAGGAGCGAAUCUGCCGAGGUCAAGAUCGAACCCAACAACCAGCGCCUAGUACCGCUCAUGCAAAAAUCCAGUGUCAAUGAACCAGCAUCUCCAGGGGGUCAGGCUCGGAGAGCGGGGAAACAAAACCUGAUGCCGACAGGGCCUCUUCACAGGAAGGUCAAAUCAACCAGCAAGAUCGGGAAACCGGACGUCAAGCCAAAGCUCGCGGCCGCAAGUGCGUUGAACACGGCAGUUCUCCAAUCGCAGAUGAAGCGGAAACACCCUGGCCCUAUCCCCAACUUCCCAGGCCGACCAAACAUUAUGCAGACUAUGCAGACCCAUACUCCAGGAGUUAGCGGCCCUAUGGCUUGGACGGCAGAUUACCAGGUCCAUCCACGCAACGCCUACUCGACACCAACGACACCUAUUGGUGGACCCGGCGCUCAACCGAUUACACCGAUGGGAAUGCCCAUGGGGAUGGGCAACGGUAUGAACAAUGGCAUGAACAAUGGUAUGGUCAACGGCAUGAGCAACGUCAUGGGUAACGGAAUGCCCAACAACGGCAUGGGAAUGGGCAUGAACAUGGGCAUGCCAGUAACCAACAUACACGGCGGCAUGUCCAUGCCCAUGGGCACAGCUGGCAUGGUGAUGACCUCAGGCAUGACCUCCCCAGCACCUCUCCCAAUACCAUCACCAUACAUGCAGCAACCACCACAACAACCCAUGGUCGGCGGUCCCGGAGUAGGAAUGGGAAUGGGAGUACCAGGAGGUCCCGGCCAGCAUCGACCCAGCAACACCAUGGCCACGAUAGCCAUGAGCCAAGACCCGCGCGCAGCCGCCGAGCAGAUCCGGAAGGACGCCUGGCAGGUGUGCGAGCGCGAGCGCGUCGAGAUGCUGCAGCGCCGGCUGAUGCUGACGGAACACGAGCGCGGCAUGCUCGAUCAGGAGACCAACAUGUUGCAGCUCAACUUGGGCAAGAUGCGUCAGGUCGUGGCGAGACAUCAUCAGGAACUGGAAGAGGCGGUCGAGCGGGCGAGGAAGUUGAAUGAAGGAUCCUCCUCUUCCUCUCAGGGCGGCCAGCAGGAUGAGGACGAGGAGGAGGUCGCGGGGUUGCCACAGACCCAGGGGUAGGGACAGGAGUAACUGAAGACAGUUGAGGAGUAGAAAUGCGGACUGGUCUCCUGUUGCGGUGACUGCUCGCUUUUUUUGCUGCUUGUCUUGUCUUCUCGGCUUCGAUUCACUGACGCUCGACUGACCACUGUUUAUGACCCGUGUACGUUAAUUGUAAUGAUAAUGACGGAUACAAGGGAUUGGGUAGGAUGGGAUUUGAAUGGCAAGGAAGCUUCAUUUGGAUGUCUUCUGCCUGGGCUGGAUUUUAAAGGC